AUGGGCAACGUCGCCAGCCGCCUCGAUGAGGCCGGGAACUUGUUCCUGAAAGACCAGAACAGAUUCUCCAUCGCAUCGGUCUCCAUCAGCAACUCCCGGCGCCGCCUACUCACUCUUUCCCCGAAUGCCUUCCCCGCGGUAAGGUACACGGCCAAGCGAGAUGCCGGCGACGAUGCCCCGAUCGAAUACAUCCAGGAUCCCGACACUCCGCCCACUGCCACGGCCCCGUCCUUUCUGCUACGUCUUAAUAAUGAGGACGAACUCAUCUUUAACUUCACAUUCGUCCUUCGCCAAACCCAAACAGGCAACACCGCAUGCUCCACAGUCAACGGCGUCGCGAGCUCCCUCCCGGAGGUGAUCGACACCAACUUGACCGGCCUAACAUUUGCGCACGCGUCAAACUCCAAAGAACUGGAUAACCUAAUCACUCGCGAAUUCCAUGCGAACCCGAAUCUACAGGACAACUCCAAUGUACAGCUCAUUGGUAACUUUUCGACCGAAGGCAGCCCAUCUGUGUCAUUUGAGUGGACUUGGAGCUGGAAGCCCCCCAAGGCAAUAGAGGACAGGGGCGGCGGCUGGCGAAACAGCUGUAGCCUGCUGGACUACGACCAGAGGACAAACCGUCUCAACACCCUCGCGCACUUUUCCUUCUGGGUACAUAAUUCUAUUCGCCCAUUGCCAAGCCCCCCAGAUAUCCUCUCCCAACCUCGAGUUACCACGAAUCCGAAACAACCCCCCCUAGCUCCCUUAGUUACUACUCCACCUGAAAGCGAUUCCUUACCGGCUCCGCCUCCAAUUCCUUCGCAACCUCCGCCACCGCCGCCAGUCAAAGUCGAGCUACCUGCUGCUCGAGUUGGAGACGAUGUGAGCACUGGGGAAGACGGGCCAUUGUUCCGCGCUACCAUGAAAGCGAUGGAGCAAAAGACCGGGAAUAUGCGCUCCAAGAUCAAGAAGGUGCUAAAGAAAGCCGAAGCUGCUCAGCAAGCCCUGGUUGCUUGUAACGAGGCCAUGGAAGCUUUCUUAGGGUCUUUGAAUGACGCGUCGACCUCGAAUGCCAAUGCCGUUCAGCCUGCAUUAGAUCAUUACUACGAGCGGAUUGCCAGGCAGAUCUUGACAUACGAGCAGCUGAACACCCUCCAACUGCAAAAGAUUGUCAUUGAGCCUCUGCUCCGAUUGUAUCAAAAUGACAUUAAACAGGCCGAGGCUAAGAAGAAAGAGUUCGACGAAGAGAGUCGGGACUUCUACGCCUACGUCGGACGCUACCUUGGCCAGCGUCAAGACUCGCUUAAGGAGAAGAAACGCGCGGAGAGUGACUCGAAGUACCAAGCCAAACGACAGAAGUUCGAGCUGAAACGCUUUGAUUAUUCAAGUUUCAUGCAAGAUCUUCAUGGCGGUCGCAAAGAGCAAGAGGUUUUAUCUCAUCUCACAAGAUUUGCCGAUUACCAAGCGAAGAAUUUCCUGGCAGCAGCAGCGAAAAUCGAGGAGAUGAUGCCGGAACUGGAUGCACUCAUCGAGGGAGUAAAUCAGGCAGACAAGGAGUUCCAGUUCAAACGAACUGAGCGGGAAGAGAAACGCAGAGCCCUCGAGAAGAAUAGCAACCUAUACCUGGAACCCGAUGCUUUGUCUGGCCCUACGAGUCUUCCAUCCUCAUCAGCCGGUAUCUCUAACAGCGCUCCUUUCAUGGAGAAUGAACUAGGCCGAGCUGACAGCACUGGCUCACAACUCCGGGGCGUGAUCAGCAAUUCCUCCUCUGUCUCGUCCCAGCCAAACCAAUCCGCUGCCACUCCCAACGCCGGAAAUGGUACCCCAGCAACGACUGGCUCUGCAGCUGUACCGGGACCGAACAAAUUCAAGGGAAUCCGCGACCUUGAAGAGCAAAACAAUGUGGGCGCUGACCUUGCGGAAACUCAACAGCGAAAGGAAGGCCUAUUGUGGGCUCUCUCACGCCCUGGCUCACAUAUUGAUCCCAAGGGAAUCAAUAAGCAGGCCUGGCACAAGUUCUGGAUUGUGUUGGACCAAGGGAAGUUGUCAGAAUACAGCAACUGGAAGCAAAGACUAGACCUACACAUGGAUCCCAUCGAUCUCCGAAUGGCAUCGGUUCGAGAGGCUCGCAAUGCGGAACGACGAUUCUGUUUCGAGGUCAUCACUCCACAAUUCAAACGAGUGUACCAAGCGACGUCGGAAGAAGACAUGGCAAAUUGGAUUCGGUCCAUCAAUAACGCACUCCAGAGCGCAGUCGAAGGGCGAGCAAUGUCUCCGGGGCGAGCAAGUUCAUCCAAGAGGGAGUCAUCCACUGGCCGGGACAUCGGCUCCGUCUUGACAGGGAAAAGCUCCUCAGUAUCGGGCCAUCAUAAUCACUCGAGUAGCUCAGGUGGCAGUGGCAAUACCAGUGGUGUAGGCCGCCGCACAACAGUCGGAGCACGCCCAAGCUAUGUUCGUCGUGAUAGCAACAGCUACGAUGAAGAUCCUGCCAAGCUUCUGCAGACUGUGAGAGACGCUGACGAGGGUAACAAAUGGUGUGCCGAUUGCGGUUCCACUUCAAAGGUUGAAUGGGUGUCAAUCAAUCUUGGUAUCAUCCUCUGCAUCGAAUGCAGUGGUAUUCAUCGAUCAUUGGGAACUCAUAUAUCCAAAAUCAGGUCCCUAACAUUGGAUAUUCAUUCCUUCUCAAAUGACAUCGUUGAGAUUCUGUUGCAAAUUGGAAACCGAGUCAGCAAUAUGGUCUGGGAAGCUACACUCGAUCAAUCGCUCAAGCCAGGGCCCAUGUCCACACGAGAACAACGGCUGAAGUUUAUAACGAGCAAGUAUGUGGAUAGGGCCUUUGUCGAACAAUUGCCCUCCGCUCGGUCUCGCUUCGCAACCCCUGACGAGCAUCUACUUGCGUCGAUCAAGCAAAACAAUAUCCAAGAUGUGCUCUACGGGAUUGCUCUUGGUGCUAACGUGAACGUCACCGACCGUUCUCGCAACACGCACGCUACUUUCCUCGCGCUUGCCGCUGCAGACCCUGCAACGCCCGGAUCCACUCCUACCAGUAUUUCCGCCCGGUCCAACGCUAAGGCAAUCCCAUUCCCAAUUGCCGAGCUGCUGGUUCAAAACGGCGCAGAAAUCCCUCCGCAACCCCCGUCAAUUCCUCUCACUCCUGCCGCGCAGCUCUAUCUCAGCCAGCGCGUCGCACGGCCGUCCGGCUUCAAUGCUCCUAGUCCAGCUCCUGUCGCAGGAAAACAAGCGAUCAGUGAUACUCUUGGCACACUUCCGACCAUUCGCGGCUCGAGCCGAGAGAGCUCCGUCUCUGGUCCAAGUGGAAAUAGCUCUGCGGACAAAGACAAGCUAUCCAAGCGAGGAAGCGCUGGUGCCCGCUUCGCAGGGAAGGUGGCGUCCCUUGGGAUCGACCGGAUUGAACGGUAG